GCAGAGCAGAUAUGCAUCCAACAUCAUGCGGGAUAUAAAAGCCCGACAUAUCCCUUGCCUUUGUUGAAUAGCCUUGUGAAUGUCGACACAAUUUCUGCUCAUCCCUGCAGCAAAAUUCGCAAUAUGACGCUCUUAUUUAAUCAGAUCCAGCCUCACCCUCGCCGGCGUAUUCGUCAACUUAUACCUCAGCUACGGCUUGGGAAAUGGCCUACGGGCUCCCUCAAUUCCAUUACCGACGUUCCAGGCGUCUUGGCCCAUACCGAGUCUAUCCAUAGCUCCCCUCAUAGCAAAGAGAUAUCCACCGAUAUUAACACCGGAGUCACUGUUAUCUUACCCAGGCCAGACUGGUACAAGUAUGCAAGUUUUGCCGGCGUCUUUAGUUUCAAUGGCUGUGGAGAAAUGACAUCCGCUCACUGGCUUGAUGAAACGGGGCUGCUCUAUUCGCCAAUUGUUCUGACCACUACUUCCGCCGUUGGUGAUGCGUUUCGCGGAGUCUGGGAAUAUACUAUUGAACAUCACUCAAAUGAAGAUAAAGAGCUUAACAUCUUCCUCAUACCCACUAUUGCUGAAACGUUCGACGGCUAUCUCAACGAUCAAAGUAAAUUCGCCGUCACGCCCCAGCACAUUGUCAAUGGUAUUCGAAGUGCCAAUGCAGACGCUGUGCAAGAAGGCAACACGGGAGGCGGAACAGGCAUGAUGUGCCAUCACUUCAAAGGGGGUACAGGAUCUAGCAGCCGCGUAGUCAAAGGGUAUGACAUUGACGGAAAUGAAAAGUCUUAUACAGUUGGAGUGCUUGUCCAGGCCAACUAUGGAUUGAUGGACAAUCUUCAUAUUGGAGGUGUCCCUGUGGGUCAAAUCCUUAAAGAACAAGGACAGCAGGUACCAGAAAAGCUUAGGCCUGGAGAAAAAGAGCCCCGUAAAGACGGUAGUAUUAUCAUCGUCGUUGCAACAGACGCUCCUCUCGUGCCCAUCCAGCUCCAGCGAUUGGCUAAGCGCGCCACUGUUGGGUUGGCCAAGGUCGGCGGCUAUGGCAACAAUACCUCAGGAGAUAUAUUUCUUGCCUUUUCCAACGCCAACAGUGUCCCCUUCCUAGAGUUAUCUGGGACUAACAAGGCCUACACGCCGCAGCCGUAUGACGUGCAGAUGUCGGAUAACAAUACUAUUGAUGGGCUAUUUGAGGCUGCAGCUGAUGCGACUGACGAAGCAAUUUACAACGCCCUAUGCAUGGCUGAGACAACAGUAGGAUUUAAGAGGAGAAAAGUCGAGGCUCUCGAUUUGGUUAAAGUAAAGGAGAUUGUCGAGAAGAGAUUGUGAUAUAAAUUUGGAGACGGAAUAUGGCAUACCUCGGCAUUGCAGGUGUGAAUAAAAUAAGCUUCCUGCUAAACCUGCAGUAGUGAAACAGUUUAAUUACUUUUCCGAUAGCCCAUAUCUUGCUAGCCCGUGUAAACAAACCAUCCUGUAGAAUCUCUU